GUGAGUGUGUCUUGGUUGUUCUGGGCAGUACCUCCGGCCGUGUCCUUAUCUGAGGAUGUCUGAGAGUCUGUGCUCAGCGUGGGGCCUGUGUGUUCCGGGGCGCUGGUUGGGGGUCCCGGUAUGUACACGGUAUAAUGGUGAUAGUAGGUAAGGGACAGCGGCCUUCUCUGCAGAGCCGUCCAUCACUGCCGGGCCUGCAGACAGGACUGUCAGCAUAAACUUUCUGUGCCCUCUGCCUGGCUCUGUCUGCCCCAGGUGUGUCCACUCCCUCUGGUACCCCUCCCCUUCCCAAGGCCACAGGCAGCUGUGGCGAGAGCCUGCGACUUCAGCCUCUUGCCUGCCCUCCCCUCAGCCCCCAUGGGCAUCCCCUGACACCCAUGGGGGUGGCAUGUGUCCAGAGAUUGUUCUAGGCACUGGUCGGGGCACAGAUGUUGCUGCCCCCUUCCCUUGCCUGGCAUGUGACUAUCUUUUGUGUCUCUUGAAGCCAAUGCUAGCACAGGGGGGUGGGGGAGAGGUUGGAAUUGAGACUCAGAUGGGGAUGGCGCUGUUAAGUGAACCUCUCCACCCCAGCCCAAGCCUGGCAUUACCCCCAGCCUACAAGUCUAACUCAGGUAAACCCUCCAUCCCAGCAGGGCCCCUUGACUCCACCCCUGUCCAACUCCUCUCUGCCCCAAAAGCGUUCAGGUGGCCCAGGACACCCCUCUGUGAUGUCCUUCCCCUGUCAGGGACCCUCAGGGUCCCUCUUCUCUGCCAGUGGCUCUGAAGCCUGGGCAUUCUGUCUGCUUGUGCCAGGCACCCCAGUGCCAGGCCAUCUGCAGCCUCUGUCUUCCUGCUGAGACUGGCACCGGUCAGCAGGGUGCCUACAGCUUUGCCAAGAACCAGCCCAGCCUCUGGGCUCCCUUCCUUGUCCUUAGCCAUCUGUAAGGGCCUUCUGGUCUCUAGGGAAGACAGGGUAACCCUAGGUUAUGGUGAACAAGGAGGCACCUGACGUCCCCUACUCUAGGACAACAGGAAGUCUUCCUCUCUCUCUAGCUGGCUCUAGGACAUUGCCCACACUUCUAGUCCCUACAACUCCUUUUGCUUAUGCUGGCUCCCCAUUCAUUGCCCAACAUUGUGAAGUGACUGGUACCUGUCCCCUUUGCUCUGUAAUGCUGGGCCAUUGCGUUACAAAGACCUCCUGCCCUGGCCUUGGCCGCCAGCCUCCCUCUUCCACUCCCUGCCGUACCAGCACCCCCUGGACUCCAGAUCUGACCCCACUGUGCUUCACUCAGAUGUUUUCUGCCUGUCCAGCGCAGCCCACCCAGCUGCCCCCAGCCCCUCUUUGUGGCCCACUCUGCUACUUUCCCAGACCCUGUACCCUAGCCAGAUUGGACCAGUGACUAUUCCCUCAACACACUCUCUACCCACCUGCCCCAGGGCAUUUGCCCAUACCAUCCCUCUGCUCUACAUGCCUUUCCUCCCAAUCUCCAGCAGCUCAUUUUUCAGGACCCAGCUCAAAUGUCACCUCUUCCGGGAAGUUUCCCCUGCCCAUCACCACCAGAUGCCCCUUCUCUGACCCCACAGCUCCAGUUCAUCUCUGCCGUUGUCUCCUGAGUUCCCUAUGUCAUGGUCUUCGGCACCUUUCCUACCUGUGAUUCUCCAAGUUACGUGACUAGGAUGCAUGGCUUGUGAACAUCUGGAAGGGCUCUCCCUUGUCCCUGCCAGCAAGUCUGGAGCCUGCCCAGGGCUGGCCCGGGACUCGCCAAACUACUGGAGUUUCAAGACCCGCAGCUCGCGCCACACUCAGGGAGCCCAGCCCGGGCUGGCAGACCAGGCAGCCAAGCUGUCAUACGCCUCGGCUGAGUCGCUGGAGACCAUGUCGGAGGCGGAGCUGCCCCUGGGCUUCAGUAGGAUGAACCGCUUCCGACAGAGCCUGCCCCUCUCCCGCUCCGCCAGCCAGACCAAGCUGCGCUCGCCAGGGGUGCUGUUCCUGCAGUUCGGGGAGGAGACUCGGCGCGUGCACAUCACGCACGAGGUCAGCAGCCUGGACACGCUGCACGCGCUCAUCGCGCACAUGUUCCCGCAGAAGCUCACCAUGGGCAUGCUCAAGUCGCCCAACACCGCCAUCCUCAUCAAAGACGAGGCUCGCAACGUCUUCUACGAGCUGGAGGACGUCCGGGACAUCCAGGACCGAAGUAUUAUCAAGAUCUAUAGGAAGGAGCCUCUUUACGCCGCUUUCCCUGGCUCACACCUUACCAACGGGGACCUCCGGAGAGAGAUGGUGUAUGCUUCACGGGAGUCAUCGCCCACACGGCGUCUCAACAACCUGUCGCCGGCGCCGCACCUAGCGUCCAGCUCUCCGCCCCCGGGCCUGCCAUCCGGGCUGCCAUCCGGGCUGCCGUCGGGACUCCAGUCCGGGCUCCCGUCGGGGCUCCCGUCCGGGCUCCCCUCGGGGCUGCAGUCGGGCUCGCCGUCACGCUCGCGCCUCUCCUACGCCGGGGGGCGCCCGCCCUCCUACGCUGGCAGUCCGGUGCACCAUGCGGCCGAGCGGCUGGGGGGUGCCCCAGCCGCCCAGGGCGUCAGCCCCAGCCCUAGCGCCAUCCUGGAGCGGCGCGAUGUGAAGCCGGACGAGGACCUGGCAGGCAAGGCAGGCGGCAUGGUGCUGGUGAAGGGUGAGGGCCUCUACGCCGACCCCUACGGGUUGCUCCACGAGGGCCGUCUGAGCCUGGCCGCGGCCGCCGGCGACCCGUUCGCCUACCCGGGGGCCAGCGGACUCUACAAGCGCGGCUCCGUGCGCUCGCUCAGCACCUAUUCCGCCGCCGCGCUGCAGUCCGACCUGGAAGACUCGCUGUACAAGGCGGCGGGCGGUGGUCCGCUCUACGGAGACGGCUAUGGCUUCCGCCUGCCGCCCUCGUCACCACAGAAGCUGGCCGAUGUGGCGGCACCCCCCGGAGGUCCCCAGCCUCCACACAGCCCCUACUCCGGGCCGCCCAGCCGUGGCUCGCCAGUGCGCCAGUCUUUCCGCAAAGACUCGGGCUCCUCAUCGGUCUUCGCAGAGAGCCCCGGAGGCAAGACACGCAGCACCGGGGGCUCCUCGACAGCCGGAGCUCCCCCUCCGGAGCUCUUCCCUGGGCCUGGGGAGCGCCCUCUGGUUGGGUUUGGGCCACCGGUGCCAGCCAAGGACACGGAGACCAGGGAGCGCAUGGAGGCCAUGGAGAAGCAGAUUGCCAGUCUCACAGGCCUGGUACAGAGCGCCCUACUACGAGGCUCGGAGCCUGAGACCCCUAGCGAGAAGAUUGAAGGCUCCAAUGGAGCAGGCACCCCCUCAGCACCCUGCGGGUCCGGCAGCCGGAGCAGCGGGGCCACCCCAGUGUCCGGCGCUCCCCCGCCCUCAGCCGGCAGCACUCCUGCGGGGCAGCCCACGGCCAUCAGCCGUUUGCAGAUGCAGCUGCACUUGCGUGGCCUGCAGAACAGCACCAGUGACCUGCGCAGCCAACUUCAGCAAUUGCGAAAGCUCCAGCUACAAAACCUGGAGUCGCUGCGCGCGCUGCUGAAGGGCACGGAGGCGGAGCUGAGCAUGCGCGUGUCGGAGGCGGCGCGGCGGCAGGAGGACCCGCUGCAGCGGCAGCGCACCCUGGUGGAGGAGGAGCGGCUGCGCUAUCUCAACGACGAGGAGCUCAUUACCCAGCAGCUCAAUGACCUGGAGAAAUCGGUGGAGAAGAUCCAGCGGGAUGUAUCCCACAACCACCGGCUGGUGCCGGGCCCAGAGCUGGAGGAGAAGGCACUGGUGCUGAAGCAGCUCGGGGAGACGCUGACCGAGCUCAAGGCUCAUUUCCCAGGCCUGCAGAGCAAGAUGCGGGUGGUACUGCGUGUGGAGGUGGAGGCCGUGAAGUUCCUGAAGGAGGAGCCACAGCGCCUGGAUGGGCUCCUCAAGCGCUGUCGUGGGGUCACGGACAUGCUGGCCCAGAUCCGCAGGCAAGUGGACGAGGGUGUGUGGCCACCCCCCAACAGUCUCCUGAAUCAGUCUCCCAAGAAGGUGACCGCUGAGACGGACUUCAACAAGAGCUUGGACUUCGAAAUGCCACCCCCCAGUCCUCCGCUGAACCUCCACGAGCUGAGUGGGCCAGCCGAGGGAGCCCCUCCUACGCCCAAGGGGGGCAACCCCACCAAAGGCCUGGAUGCUGCUGGCAAGAGAAGUGUGGACAAGGCCGUGUCUGUUGAGGCUGCCGAGCGGGACUGGGAGGAGAAGCGGGCCGCCCUGACCCAGUACAGCGCCAAGGACAUCAAUCGGCUGCUGGAGGAGACCCAGGCAGAGCUGCUGAAGGCCAUCCCUGACCUGGACUGUGCGAGCAAGGCCCACCCAGGCCUGGCCCCCACCCCUGACCACAAGCCCCCCAAGGUCCCCCACGGCCAAAAGGCAGCCCCUCGGACGGAGCCCAGUGGAAGGAGGGGCUCAGAUGAGCUGACAGUGCCUCGGUACCGCACGGAGAAGCCCUCCAAGUCGCCCCCACCGCCCCCGCCCCGCCGGAGCUUCCCUUCCUCCCACGGCCUCACCACCACCCGCACGGGAGAGGUGGUGGUCACCAGCAAGAAGGACUCCGCCUUCAUCAAGAAGGCGGAGUCCGAGGAGCUGGAGGUGCAGAAGCCCCAGGUGAAGCUGCGCCGAACCGUGUCCGAGGUGGCCCGCCCCGCCUCCACGCCGCCCAUCAUGGCCUCUGCCAUCAAAGAUGAGGACGAUGAGGACCGUAUCAUCGCGGAGCUAGAGGUGUUUGAGAGAAGCUCAGUGUCUUCCCUCCCCCCCACGCCCCGCCGCCAGCCGAUCCCCACCUUGCUGGCACCCCAGGACCUGGGGCCCCCUGGGGGCUCAGCCCAGGGCCCCACACGGAAGGCUGCCCCAAGCCCCAGGGCCUUUUGUGUCCCCCGGAUCAUCUUGACAGAGUGUACCCCCAACCCUUCCUCCCCACCAGAGGCCAGGCCUGAGGAAGUUGGUCCCAGGACAACUCCCACCCCGCGCCCCCGGACCCUGGCUGGCAGUGGGAGAGGCUGCGAUGGUGCCCGGGCCCUGCCAGAGGUUGUGGCCAAGGCUUCCCAGCCCAGGAGCCCCUUGGCACCUGAGAAGGAAGGGACAGCUCUGAAGAGAUGGGGGAUAGAGAGCUGCGGCCCAGUGGAAGGAGGAGCUGAGGGCCCCUGCCCUUGGGGACCAGCCCUUGACGGGACUCAGGAGCUCUCUAUUGCUGACACCCAGCCUGAGAAGACCCCCGAGGACACCAGACAGGAUGCCCAAGCCGGCAGUGGGGAGCCCAGGGGCCAGCCUGCUGCAGGUCUAGGCUGCACAGUGAGAGGCGCCCCCACCCAGCGGAUGGACAGCCUGGAGGAGACUCUCCGGGAGCUAGAAGCCGCCCUGAGCCAGAUGGGCACUGCCCUCGCCGUGGGGCCCCCUGGCAGCCCUCCACCCCUGCCACCCGGUCCCCAGGUGGCUGCCUCCUCCCCUAGCCUCUCCUCUUGCCUUCAUGCUCUGAUCUCUUGGUCCUCAGAGCUGGAGGGAGUGGGGGGCUGCAGGAGCAUCACGCCAGCCCCCUCCUCCCACUGGCCUUUUCUCAGUUCCCGCCAGCCUCCUGGGAGCCCUGCGCCCGGUGGGGUUUGCAGGCAGAGCCCCGGGAGGCUGGGAAGCCGGCCUACCCAGGGAUCGGCCCAAGCAACCCUGGCAGGGACCAGGUCCUCUCCCCUCUGCUCUGUAUCUAUAAACCAACAAAUAAAGUUCUCUCCUCUUUUUCCAUCCCCGCGUUCCCUUCCCCCUCUCCUGUCUGACUCUCUGUGCCUCUGUUGUUUCUCUGUCUGCGCCUCUGAACCCCCAGCGUCGUCCUGGGUAGGGUGGUACCUGGGAUGGUUCAGAGGAGCUGGACUUGUCCAUCUCUAGGGAGACUUCCCCCCACACCCUCCCUUUCAGAGGAAGAUAUGGGUCCCACUCCGUCUGCCAUCACAGAGAUCCCCCCUGCAAAUCUCAGGCUUGUUCUGGGACACCCAGAAAAGGGUCCCUUGCCAGGAGGAGGGGUGAUGGCAGUGACUCUCACUUCAGAAGUGGCUCCCUCAGGAGGGUGCCUGCUGCCCUGGGCUGCUCAAGGAAACCCAAGCUCUGGCUGGGGAGCUGCUGGGAACGUGGCUGGGGGGCCCCUGCCCUCUCUUCUGCAGGGAGGCCUGAACCCUGGCCUUGGGGAGUGGACCUGUGUCCUGGGCAGGGAUAUGGAGGCAGGGAGGUCUGAGGGUCUCCAGGUGUCAAAGGACCCACCCAGGCGGUCCAAGCCCCAGAUACCCCAACCCAGGGCCUAGAAUUCUUGUGUGAUCCCACGUCCAACCGCCACCCUGUUCCUUUUC